AUGAAGACGGCUACUUCCCUCCUUAUUGGUGGUAUUGCGGCCCAGCAGGCUGUGGCUACCUUUGGUCUUGGCGGCUCCGCUAGCUUCGGAGUCGGUGGUUCUGCCUCUCUCGGUAGCUCCAUCUGGGGCGGCAGCAGCAGCGACUGCUUCAGCACCCCCUCCAACACCAACAAUGAGUGUACCGACUCUCAGAAGAAGGGCUGGGACUGGGACGGCAUUGCCAUUGGUGCCAGCAUCGGCUCCUCGUACUCCGGCUUCGACGUCUCCGGCCUGACUUGCAAGAACAACUUCGGCAAGCGCGACCCCCUGACGAAGCGCACCUUCGGCAGCAAGUGCGCCUCCGGCACCAUCACCAAGAAGACCGCGAGCAACCCCAAGAUCGAGUGCUCCGGCUCCCAGAAGGAGAAGGGCUUCUCCGUUGGCGAGUUCCAGGUCUCGACCAGCGUCGACACUCCCGUCGAGUUCCACUAUGGCAUGCCUGACGGCUCCACUUGCAAGCAAACCUCCUCUUGCAGCUCGAGCGGUACCACCGUCAAGAACGAGCAGUGCGGUGGUGCUACCUCCGUCACCUGGAAGCUCCCUGACAACAGCGACAACGAGGACUGCGAGUUCGGCAUCCACAGCAUCGGCUGGGAGUGCGGCUCCAACGGCGAGUCUAGCACCGCUACUGUCUCGACUGCCUUCAGCGCCUCUACUGGCGGCUUUGGCUUUGGCAGCCUCUCCUUCGGCCUGUCGUCGACUCUCGUCGGUGUUCCUGCUGUGAGCACCCCUGAGGUCUUCACUCCCUCCUUCGUCUUCCCCUCGGGAGGCUCUCCCUCUGUCGCCACCAGCGUCGCUACUCCUGGCUUCCCUGGCGUCAGCAUCCCCGGUGUUGAUGUCAGCACGCCUGGUGUCCCGGUUAUCACGACUCCUGCUGCUCCGGCUUCUUCUGAUGUCAGCGGCGGCUUCAGCUCCGGCGUCAACGUCCCCUUCUCGCAGAACGGCACCAUCCCCGCCGGCUUCACCGCGUCGACCGUUUAUGCUACCUCGGUCUACACUGUCACCUCUUGCGCGCCUGAAGUCACCAACUGCCCGGCCCGCUCUGGCACCCCCGCCGUCGUCACUUCGGUUGUUGCCAUCUCGACCACCAUCUGCCCUGUCACUGCUACCGAGACUGGCGCCGGAUCCGCUCCCUUCGGUUCUGCGCCCUACGGCUCUUCGCCGUCUGCGCCUGUCAGCUCUGGUGUCAGCGGUCUCGUCUCGACCCCUGCUGGUUCGUUCCCCGGUGUUUCUACUCCCGGCUUCGCUGGCUUCCCCACUGGCAGCUCUCCCGCCUCUUCUGCUACCUCUGCUGCUCCUUCGGCCGACUGCCCCGGCGUUCUGCCCAAGUGCUUGAACACCUGGAUCACGAAGGUCGGAUGCUCGGGCAACACCGACACCGACUGCUACUGCAAGGAGGCCGACUUCACCAAGAAGGUCAUUGACUGCGUUGACUCCCGCGGCGGUAGCGACGAUGAGAUCUCCCAGGCUCUGUCUUACCUCACCGGUAUUUGCGCUGCUUACGUUCCCGAGAACCCCGGUCUGAUCACCAACGUCCCCACCACCAUCACUCUCGGUGUCCCCACCCAGACCCCUGGUGUCUCUAGCGGUGUUUCGGGCGAGGCCAGCACUCCCGUCGGCGGCUCCAUCGUCUCUUACUCGACUUCGACUGUCUACGCUACCCAGGUCCACACCAUCACUUCGUGCGCCCCCGAGGUUACCAACUGCCCGGCUAGCAGCGGCACCCCUGCUGUUGUCACUUCUGUCGUCCCUGUUUCUACCACUGUCUGCCCCGUGACCGCCACUCAGACUCCUGCUGGUUCCGCUCCUGCUGGUUCUGCUCCUGCUGGCUCCGCUCCUGCUGGCUCCGCUCCCGCUUCCUCCGGCGCUGAGGGUGUUGUCUCCAGCCCCGCUGCCUCUGCCCCUGCUUCUUCCGGCGUCGAGGGUGCUACGUCUGCUCCUGCUCCUACCCCCAUCACGACCACGUCCCUCUCGACUUCGACCAUCUACAGCACCGCUAUCAGCACGGCCAUUUCCACCGAUGAGCAGGGUUCCACUUCCGAGGUGGUUGUCACUCAGACCGUGUCGGUUGGUACCACCAUCUGCCCGGUGACGGCCACUCAGACUCCUGCUGGCUCUGCCCCUGCUGGCUCCGCUCCUGCUGGCUCCGCCCCCGCCUCUUCCGGCGCUGAGGGUGUUGUCUCCAGCCCGGCUCCGUCCGCCCCUGCCCAGACCACCGUUGUCACCUCGUACUCGACCUCGACCAUUGUCAGCACCGCUGUCUCUACGAGCACCACUGUUGAUGAGUCCGGCAGCUCCUCGGAGGUUGUUGUCACCCAGACCGUCUCUGUUGGCACCACCAUCUGCCCGGUCACUGCUACGCAGACCGUCCCUGCGGCGCCCGUCUCCAGCGGUGUCGAGGGAGCCGUUUCUUCGGCCGUCCCCAGCGCCCCUGCGUCUGCCGGUGUCACCCCUGCCCCGUCUGCCCCGGCUGCCGGAAGCUCGGCCCCUGUUCCCGUCGCCUCGUCUGGCGUCGAGGGUGUCACUUCGGCUCCCGCGCCUGUUGCGAGCAGCCAGCCCGUGACCACGAUCUCCAUCGUCCAGACCGUCACUGUUCCCUGCACCGCCACCGAGGGCGAGUCUGCUGGUGCCACCAUCCCCGGCAGCUCGACGACCAGCGUCAUCUCGACCGCUGUUACCGUCCCGCAGGUCGCUUUCACCACCCAGACCGUCACCGUUUCUGGCGUUCCCACGGUUCAGACCGGCCUUGCCCAGGGCACCCCCGCCUCGGCCCCUGCCACUGUCACCUCCUCGGCUGUUGUGGCUUCUUCUGCCGCGGUCGAUGGCGGCUACGCUACCUUCAGCUCCGUCUUCGUCCCGGCCGUCACCACCCCGGCUGCUGGCACCCCGGCUGCUGGCACCCCCGUUGGCACCCCCGUCAGCACACCUCCUGCCUUCACUGGCGCCGCCUCUUCUCUUAAGAGCGCCGGCUCCAUGGUUGGCGCUGGUUUCCUGGCUGCCAUCUUCAUGCUCUAA